AUGGCGUUCUACACGGAUAACGACCCCGUUAUUUGCAGAGCUUUUUCGUUGUCCCUGAAAUAUGAGGCACUCGAGUGGUACCACACUCUUCCUCAAAAUUCGGUGGACUGCUUCGCCACCGUAGAAGCUCUCUUUCGAAAACAGUAUGCUACCAACAGAAGAACGGAGAUGACUCCUGCUGAGCUCGUAAACACCAAGCAGGAGAAAGAUGAGACCCUGAAGGCUUUCAUGCAAAGAUACAACGAGACGGCCAGACGUGUAAAGGACGUGAACCACACAUUUAUAAUCAGCAAUCUACCCUCGUGUUUACGACCGAGAUAUUUCGCGGAACAGCUGUAUGCAGAUCCUCCAAAGUCUGUGGAGGAACUCCAAGCAACAAUCGCGAAAUUCAUUCGCAUUGAGGACCUCAGGAACUCUAGGAAAAAGCAACAGCAUGAAAGUCCGAACAAUAGUACCAAAAAAGACAUAAAACGGUCGUCCAACGACUAUAAAACUAAUCGACCCCCUCGAAAAGAGUCGGGGUGGACACCCAAAUACGAUCAUUAUACAUCCCUCAGCGCACCCAGGGCGAAGGUGCUCGAAGAGGCACUACACGCAGAAUUCCUCACUGUUCGACGGAAGGCUACUCCAAAGAAUGCUGAUGGCAGUAAAGCGUGUCAACUUCAUCUGAACCAUGGUCAUGAUACAGAAGAAUGUAACAUGGUGAAAGAUGAGUUAGAAAGACUCAUCCGCGCGGGAUAUCUCCAAAAAUACAUAAAGGAGAGAACAUCCACUAGAGUGGUAACUCCCAGUCGGAAGGAAACCUCCCGGCGAAGUCCCGAACAAUCACCUCCCAGGGACGACCGACGAAGGGGACGAUCCCGGAGCCAACCCCGACACUCGGAGAGGGAAAGGUCGGUCCGAGGGGGAAUCGACACCAUAUCCGGCGGCUUCGCAGGGGGAGGAGCAUCAUCCUCCACCCGGAAGCGACAUUUGAGAAACUUAAAGACGGUGCACAUGGUAGAUCGACAACCUCGAUCCAUGCCCAACAUCACUUUUACUGACGCAGAUUUCCACGCUCUCGACCCUGACCACGAUGAUCCCAUGGUCAUCAUGGCCGAAAUAUCCCAUUACGAUGUCAGCAAAGUGCUCGUUGAUCAAGGUAGUUCAGUAAAUAUCUUGUACUGGACCACCUUCCAGAAAAUGGAUUUAUCCGAAGACCUGAUAGCCCCUUUCAACGAGCAUAUUGUAGGCUUCACAGGGGAAAGAGUCGACACUUGGGGAUACCUCGACUUACGAACUCGACUCGAAACAGGCAGGGAGGCGCGAGAGCUCAGAGUCAGGUUCCUACUAGUAGAGGCAAAUACCUCGUAUAACGCCUUACUAGAACGACCUUGCUUGAACGCUUUCGGAGCCAUCCUGUCCACCCCCCAUCUAGUUAUGAAAUUCCCGAUAGAAAGAGGUACCAUCUGUACCGUCAGGGCUGAUCAGCAAACAGCUCAACAGUUUUACGUCGCCAAUUUAAAGGUCACCCCUUUCAUGCCACCUAGAAGAGCCAGAGGAGCCGAAACAACGGCGAUCAACUUGGAUCCCAGAACAAAUGUUGACGAACGUCUCCAUCCACAAGGAGACGUCAAAACUUUCCAAUUGGAAGCAGAUGCUUCAAAAACCACGACCAUCAGUAGUAGCUUGGCGCUGCAUGAUGAGCAGGAUCUAACGAAAAUACUAAGAGCCAACGCUGACCUAUUUGCGUGGGUGGCCGCAAAUAUGUCGGGAAUCCAUCCAGGGGUGAUGGCGCAUAAACUAUCGAUCUUCAGGGAAGCGCGUCCGAUUGCGUAG